UGAAUGGCACAACAAUGGGCCUCAGAAUCUCAUCACAGUAUCUCUGUGCAUUCAAAAUGCCAUCAAUAAAAUGGACCUGUGUUCGUUGUCCAUAACAUACGCCUGCCCAUACCAUAACCCCGCCGCCACAAUGGGCCACUCGAUCAGAAACAAUACUGAUUUUGGCAGAAACUGAUUUAAUUUAUUUAUUUUUUUUAAUGGCGUUUAUCGCGUUUUGGAGCCAAACUCUUCAAAUAUACUAAAUUACAAUAGUUUUAAAGUGUGUUAAAAGUUGUAUUGUGAAAAUAGGCAAAAGCAUAAUGCUAAAAUACUUUUUAUAUGUAAAGAUAGUACAUUCAUUUAUUACAUUUUCAAUGUACUAUUAAAACAGGGAAUAUUACAAAUACAACAAAGUAUACUUUUUUUUUUACUAGGGUAUCACAGGAGCAAAAUAAAUUGCUUUCCAGCUCCACCUCUAGUUAACCUGUUGCUAGGUAUGAGAGACACGUUUUUCAGCAGGGAAUACGUGAAGCAGCAAGAUUAUAGCUGAACUCCACAGAAUGGCUACUAAAAACUUUUGGCAAAGUUUGGGUCAAGAUGGUCUAUUUAUGCGUUACAUUAAAAAGACAUUUAUUCUGCUGCUCACAUUAGCAUUUUUAUUGUUUGCUGUUGCUUAUGUCUUUGAGACAACUGCAUACUCUCAAACCUGGUUGAUUAAAAUCAUGAAUCGGACUCAUUAUAAGGUAAUUAAAAGCACUUUGGCUGAUCCUACCCAAAAGGAUUUAUUAGCACCUUUGCCCAAUCAACAAAUCCAACCAAGAGGUACAACUAUCUAUCACCAUGUGGCUCAUCCAAGCAACUAUCAUUUCAUCCUGGAUGAACCUGAUAAAUGUAAGCAGGAUCCAUUCCUGGUCUUGAUGGUCCCUGUGGCCCCCCAUCAGCUGGGCGCUCGUAACGCUAUCCGGAGCACAUGGGGGAAUGAGAGCUCAGUGCAGGGAAAAGCAGUGCUGACUCUGUUCUUGGUGGGUUUGACUGGAGGAGCUGAAGCUCAACAGCAGCUGGAGGAAGAGAGUCAACAACACAGAGAUUUACUGCAGAGCAACUUUGUGGACUCCUACUUCAAUCUGACCAUAAAGACCAUGGUGAUCAUGGACUGGCUGGCCACUCGUUGCCGUCAAGCAGCUUAUGCUAUGAAGGUUGAUUCUGAUAUGUACAUAAACGUGGAGAACCUGAUGAGCCUCUUAUUGUCCCCCAACACACCCAGACAGAACUACAUCACAGGCCAUUUGAUGAGGAACGAGGUUGUUAUCAGAGACAAAAACUCUAAAUGGUACGUGGUAGAGGAAUUGUACCCUGAACGGAAAUACCCCACAUACCUGCUGGGAAUGGGAUAUGUUUUCUCCAAUGACCUGCCAGAAAAAUUAGUUGAGGCUUCCAAGAAAGUAAAGCCAUUUAACAUAGAAGAUGCAUAUGUGGGUGCUUGUCUGAAACAGUUGGGCAUGGCACCCUCAUCUCCCCCAGACCCUUCGCAGUUUAGACUCUUUCUGGGACAAUAUAAUCGAAAAGAUUUUCUCAGAGUUAUCACAACAAUCCUGGGAUCCCCACAGCAGCUAAUAGACAUUUGGAAGGACGUAAAGAGGCCCACAUAAAAGUACUGGAGCACAAAAAAAAAAAAUAAACAAAUUUAUGUUUUAAAAGAGAAGUCUAUUUAAGGCCUCAGUCAAUGAACAUUUUUUAAAUGUCUGAAUGCUGAGAUUGGGACUAUGACAUAUGUGUGUGGAUAUGCUGACUCUGUUUAGACGGGGCCAGGGGAUCGUCUGAGGAGCCACUCACCAAAAACGCACUCCUGUGGAAGAACUUCUUGACACACGUUUUUAAAAACACAAAUUUUUAAAAACACGUUUUAAAAGAACAAAAAUGAUUGUAUAAUAUUACAUUAACCUUUCAUAGGCUCUGUUACAACUUUGAAGUUUAAAUUUAUUAUUUUAUGAAAUUAACACAAAGGUAUAUACUAUAUGUAUACAUACACAAAGAUAAAUUCCACAUAAUAACAAUUUUAACUGAAAGGUUAAACUGUGUUUGAAAAGCAAAAGUAUUUUUCCAUAAAUCUCUGUUGGGGCAGGUUGUCAACUGGUGUCAUAUUUACCUUGUAUAUUGAAACUGUAAACUAAUUAAUUUACCAUUCCUGUUGGCAAGAACAAGGGUUUGAUUUAUGUGCUUUGUUUUAAAUUUUUAUUGUUUCAUUGGUUAUUAUGUGUUUCGUAACUUAAUUAUUCUUUAAGUAUUGCUGAAAAAAAAAAAAAAAAUAGUUUUCCUAGAUCAAUGUUCAAUGUUCAGU